AAAUCUCCAUGAAUCAUCACAUCAUGUCCUCCGUGAGAAGGACAUUGAUACAGCAGCUUCCACAGCCACCGCUUCCUCCGUCCACCAUGCGACACAUAGAGCCAGACGACAUCGUCAUCUCGGUCGGCGUCUUGGUCGGCCUAGCCAAGCUCGUCAUCGUGUUUUGGCGCCUUGUGUCCAUGUCACGAUCGGUGUACGCAGCACGAAAAGAACAACACAUGCAACUUCUCAGGAAGGCAUUCACCCUCGCAGAGCACCCUCACGACGAUUCCAGCGAGGUGUUCAAACAACGAAACAACAACGAUGACGAUGCAUCGUACAGCUCGACGUUGGACAAGAUGCCAGACGCUCUGCGUGUCCCCAGCGCGUCGUUUCCCGAGCCACCACGACACGACGAGCGCAGUGAUCUACUGCCAUGUCAUCCGUAUGCAUCGUCGUAUCAACGAAGGUCGUCCGCCAUGAACGAAUCCAUGUCGUACUUCGUCGCACUCGGUGAAAAGUUUGAGAUGAAGGGACUGCGGCCAUUCCGCAUUGACGACUCGCUCCUGCACGCAGACGAGCUCGUAGCCAAAGGCGCAUACGGCGAAGUGUGGCGCGGGCGUUACCUCGGCGCCGUCGUCGCCAUCAAGACGCUCGUGUCCACCCAUCCGCAAACGAUCGACCACAUCACAGUGUUUGUAAAUGAGAUCCAGCUCAUGGUGGAACUGCAUCAUCCGUGCAUCUGCCGAGUGCUGGGCGCGUCGUGGCUGCCGUCAGGCGACAUCCAGAUGGUAAUGGAGUUCCUCGUUCGCGGGGAUCUCACUUCGCAUCUUGCCAAGACGACGCCAAGUAGUUGCGGCUGGGACGACAUGGUCCUUCUAGCGUUGGACAUUGCCGACGGGUUGACGUAUGUGCACCACCGGCAUGUGAUCCAUCGCGACCUCAAGAGCCGCAAUGUGCUGCUAUGUGACAGAGUUACAGACGAAGGACGAAGGGUCGGGGCCAAACUGACAGACUUUGGGCUGUCUAGAACUGUGAAAGACUACAACACGUCGCUGAGCUGCGGCGUCGGCACGUAUCGGUGGAUGGCGCCCGAGCUCUUCCUCGGCAGUCGGUACACGUCAGCCGUGGACGUGUACUCGUUCGGGAUGAUUCUGUCGGAACUGGACUCGCACCAAGUGCCGUUUCGGAACCUGCGAACGGACGACGGCCACAUCCUGCACGAGAUGGGCAUCAUGGACAAGGUGCGCCUCGGACUACUAAGGCCGGCGUUUUCGGCUUCAUGUCCGGAAUGGAUUGCAACGCUCGGGAUGCAAUGUGUCGACAUGGAGCCGUCGAGACGACCAACUGCAGAGCAAGUCAAAGCGACGCUGCAAACGAUGUUGAUAGACUCGUCGUUGUUUGAAUAGUAAAUGAUGUCACAUAUGGAGA